AGGGAGUGCAGACUGGGAAGAGUUGGAGAGGAUGAGAGACCAGCAGAAUACCAUGAACAACCAACAACAUGCCAAGUACCAAAUCGGGCACCCAAAGACGUUGUCAACAAUAAGUGAUGCAACCCACUUAGCCAAGGUGUGGGCGAACAGGAGGGCUUUCGUAUGCAGCUUCUACUGCGUUGCGGGCGCAGGAGGGGCUGAAUGCGCUGUAGCUUGGAGGCAACAACAUGAUACAGCAACUUCAGUCAAUUGCAUGAACCGUAUCGAGUCGCUUAUAGUGAAGGAUGCGGCGUGGCUUCUCGAAGACCACAUUCAAGUCGUCCCUACGGAUACGUUUCUAUGUCUUAAUUUCCCAAACAGAGACAUGGAACUUAACUCUAAGCAGCUGACAGAAGUUCUCGCUGAUGCUAUGGAUGCGCACCACGCUCUCUAUAGAUUUCAUAUCCUACACAGGGAUAUAUCCCCGAACAACAUCCUCAUCAACACUGCAACAGGCCGUGGCCUACUAAUCGACUUGGACAUGGCCAAGGACCUCCUUGAUACAACUGAAUUUGUUGGCCGACCCGAAAUUACGGGUACGGUGUUUUAUAUCUCCCCAGCGUUGGUUCAUUCACCGGGCCGAAAUUUCGACAGUCUGGAAAGCAGAACAAGAGUCCUAGGAGAGGUCUUCCCUUCCUUGAGAGGAGACGGGUUUGAACAAGUAUCGAGAGCGAAACGAGAAUUCCUAGGAACAUAUGUGUCAGUAGCCGGUUGCCCAAACCUCUCCCAAGCCAUAUUCAGGUCAUCUAAAGAACUCAGUGAUCUUUAUGCGAUGGUUAAGGCGAUCGACGCUAUUGCUAUAGAAGUUCGUGACCAGUUCGCAGUGGCGUUGCAAAACCCGGUCUACAACACAGACCCUACUAGGCAUUAUCAAGCUGAAAAGUCUGAAGAUUUAACCGAGGUGCUAGAUUUAUUGUCACAGGAUAUCAUCAUUUUGGAGAAAACAAACGGCCCUCUCGAAAGUCUUCGUCAAGACCUACAAAAAUGCCGGGAUUCCAUUAACACUCACAUAUUCCCUUCAUAUAACGUAUUCAUUCGAAGGUGGAGGGCUGCGUCUUUGGAUCCUCCGUCUGUAUGUAUCCCUUAUAUUGCCCCAAGGAACCUUCUCUAUAUUGAUCCACUCAUUGGGGUGAUGAAGCCUACUCAAAAACCUUCACAUGAUCCAUUGACGGAGUCCCCGACAAAGAAUCGUCAUAAGAAGCGAAAAUCAACUCUGCAGGAUAUCUCUGCCUCUGAGCAAAAGUAA